AGACGUUACAGACCACUACGCCACUGCACGGUCUGCUGCAGUAAACGUACCGUCACUCGCACAACGCUGAGCGACCGACGACGACGACACGAAGAUACACGAUAUUAUUGGAAAAAUUGUUUGUCCGUCUCUGAUGUACCGCCCGCGUUCCGUUCGACCGCCGCGAGUGCUGUACACGAACCACCCCGUCGUCGCGAUCAAAUGACUCGAUAGUCGUCAUCGGUUUAGUUAUAUUCCGUUAUCGAUACGCUUCGCAAACGGACGGUUUUCACCCGCCAAUCCGUUCGUAUUAUAUUCUCGUCCAGUGCAGUGCACCACAAUAUCAUCGAUACAUAAAAUAAAACAUUUUAUUCAUUUAACGCCAUCGCGCCCGGAGAAUUCUUGACACGAGUCCGCGAUGCGUCCAGAAUUGCCAAUUGGAUUGACGGAGCGACGGCCCCCGUUGGAAACCCAACAAUCAACAGUGUGGACAAGACGCCAACAAGCUGUGUGUGUAAGACGAGCUUACAAGAAAUAUGGACAGAGCUCAAAUCCACAUGUUAUACUUGAUGGGCUUAACAUGACUGUCCCAAAAGGCUGCAUAUAUGGUCUUUUGGGAGCUAGUGGAUGUGGAAAAACUACAUUGUUAAGUUGUAUAGUUGGCCGUAGAAGACUGAACGCUGGUGAAAUAUGGGUACUAGGUGGUAAACCAGGAUCUGCCGGUAGUGGUGUUCCAGGACCUCGUAUAGGAUAUAUGCCUCAGGAAAUUGCGCUUUACGGAGAGUUUACAAUUCGAGAAACUAUGCAGUUUUUUGGUAUGGUAAACGGUAUGACGCCAAAACAAGUGGAUGACAAAAUAGAAUUUUUACUUAAAUUUUUACAGUUACCGUCCGCCAGUAGGCCAGUAAAAAAUUUGAGUGGUGGACAGCAACGGAGAGUUUCUUUUGCUGCGGCAUUGUUACACAAUCCCGAAUUACUGAUUUUGGACGAACCUACUGUUGGUGUUGACCCAGUUCUUCGUCAAGGAAUAUGGGAUCAUUUAGUCCAUUUAACUAAGGAUGGAGGAACAACCAUUAUUGUCACCACACAUUACAUCGACGAGACUAGACAAGCUCAUAUGAUUGGAUUAAUGAGAGGCGGUAAAUUUUUGGCUGAAGAAUCACCUACAUCGCUGUUACAAAAAUACAAUUGCCAAUCACUAGAAGACGUUUUUCUAAAACUUAGUGUCAUUCAAAACCGUGGCAAACGGAGGCGUAGCAGCAUUUUGCAUGACAUAACAGCUGCCAUUGCUGUUCCGGAAACUUCACCGGUGCCUGCUGUCGAAGCGCUGAAUUCGAUAUGUGACAACUCGUCAGAAAUGAGCGGAGAAUUUGGAGACAGUAUUAGCCCUGUUCCACUAAGUAAGCGAAUGUCUGUAUGUUCAAUGCAAGUCAACAAUGCGGAAAUGGAACUUCCACCGGAAGCAAAUACAAAAAUGACGCUUUUCGACCGAUGCAAACUAUUUCAAUCGCAUCACAUGCGAGCAUUAAUAUGGAAAAACUUUCUAUGGAUGUGGAGAAAUGUGGCGGUAAUGAUGUUUAUUGUGGGACUUCCAGUUGCUCAAAUCGUAUUGUUCUGUCUGUCUGUUGGAAAAGAUCCAUAUGGCUUGCAUUUGGCCAUUGUUAACCAUGAAACUAAUAACAAAACUUGCCCACCGACUGGAUCUUGCGAGUUAACUCAACUCAGUUGCCAGUUCCUACAUCAGAUUGAACUACGUCGACAAGUAUUAGACUUUUUCGACGACGAGGAAUCCGCUUUUAGGGCAGUUAAACGGGGCAAAGCUUGGGGUGCUUUAUCUUUCACUUCAAACUAUUCAACGUCACUAAAACAACGCAUGGAUGAUGGACAAGCUGCAACGGAUUGGGCACUAGAUGAUAGUGUUGUCUCUGUUUGGCUCGACGAAUCAAAUCAACAAAUAUCCAUGCUGCUUCGACGAGAUCUUUUGUUUGCUUUCCAAGAUUUUGCUAAAACACUGGCGGUGACUUGUAACUUCAGUACGAAAGUUGUAGCUAACCCUAUACAGUUCAAUCAACCUAUAUACGGUCCAUAUGUACCAAAUUUUACGGAUUUCGCUGCUCCAGGGGUCAUACUCACGAUUAUAUUUUUCUUAGCUGUAGCGUUGACAUCUGGUGCUAUGUUGAUUGAAAGAAAUGAAGGCAUAUUAGAAAGAAGUUUAGUUUCGGGUAUUACGGGAAUUGAAGUACUUUUAGGACAUGUAGUGUGUCAACUUUUAAUUAUGGUGUUCCAAUCACUGAUGGUCAUUGCAUUUGCAUUGGUUAUUUUCGAUAUUACCAACGAAGGAGAUGUGUUUUGGAUAUGCUUAUUAACAAUACUGACUGGAUUAUGUGGCAUGUGUUUUGGGUUUGUAGUUUCUUGUGUAACUGACAGUGAGAGGAAUGCGACAUAUUUGGCUAUGGGCAGUUUUCUACCUAUUGUCAUGCUUUGUGGUAUAAUAUGGCCAGUAGAAGGAAUGCAUGCAGUGACAAAAUCAAUUAGUUUUAUUUUGCCACUUACGCAAUCUACGGAAUCGAUGAGAUCAAUGUUGGCAAGAGGUUGGCCAAUCACCGAACCUUCUGUUUACAUUGGUUUUUGUUCCACAUUAAUAUGGAUUUCUGUAUUCCUCACAUCUAGUGUACUGUUGAUUAAAUUCAAAAAAGGAUAGUUAAUAUAAAUCUAAUAUAUUUUUAUUUACCGCAAAAAAUGGUCAACAAACAAAUUAAUUGUUAAGUAGCAAUAGUUUUUAGUAACAUACCAUAAUAUAAAGUUCCUUAUAUUAUGCUUUGAUUACAUAAAUCAUUAUGUAAUAACUUUGAAAUAGUGAUUUGUACUUAUAUCAAAUGAUUUCUUUUUAUUUUAUUGCUCUACUUACCUAUAUUCAAAUCAUUACCAAAGCGUUUAAUAUUGUAAUUAAAUAUUAUGAUAUUCGUAAUAUUGCAAAUUCAUGAAAUGGCAAUAACAAUUAUUGAAAUUAAUAUGUAAAUAAAAAUUAGAAGCCAAAGGUACAUACAAUAGGUUACAAUACACAAUACUUUUUUUUAAGUGCUUAUUACAAUAUUUACAUACAAUUAAUGUAACUAUUCUAAGACUUGUUUGGAAAUACCUUUUUAUAUAAUUUUACUGCAUAAAUCUUAUGUUGACAUUAUAUUAUAUUCGCAGAACUUUUUAAAUAUUUUUUUGUUAACAAAUAUUCUAUCAAAUAA